AUGAUGUUCUCCAAGUCCCCCCUCUCAGACCUCUCCCCCAAGCUCCUCCUCGCAGGCAGGGCAUAUCAUAUAUCGAAGCUAUCAGCCAGACCGGGAAUGUUGCUGAACGCCCCCCGGGGUCUAUUUUAUACACAGAAGGAGGCAGGCUCCGUUCAGGUUGACCAUGCUAAUAUGGCGCCCAAUAUCAAGGAAGACCCUGACAGUCUUCCUCCCCCUGUGGUGGGCACUCGCAUCAAGGGCUUCGAGACAGAUGGCAAUCACCUUAUAUCGCGGCCAGGCGGUCAUUUCUUAAACAGUCCUACAGACCUUGGUCUGUUUGAAAAGUUCGAUCUUGCCGACAACCUUCGAAAAUGGGUAAAGACAGAGUACCCUAAGCUUAACCGAGAUAUCCAGCCAGAAGCGAUUAAUAUCAACGCAGAGGACCGGACGAACUUCUUUAAUGAGCCAGCAUACUUCGGAGUCGGCUUAUCCUCCGGCAAAGGAGAGGACAGGGUUACAUUCGACGUGAAAGAUGAGAGCAACCAGAUCGCCGCCGCCCAGUAUGUCGAAUGGGAUACCGAUGACGAUAUCGACGAACUGAAGCGCCGUGCUCUCACGAAAUGGGAGCGCAGCGAGCGAGCCCGGAUUCGGGAGUUCAACCAAAAGCGCAUCUUCAUCUCAUCUCAAAACUACAUCAUCCGCGCUGCGAAGGCUGGGUUUGCCGAAGGGUCUCGCCCACCUAUUGCCCCCCCGGAGUUCGUCGAGCUUGCUGAGCCCACGUCGGCCUUUGCUAUUUUCAAGAAGUUAGUGGAGGCAAAUCUCAAAAUCGUACAGGGGGUAGAGGCAUCUCUUCGCUUGAGAUAA